CAGCCCCAGCAGCCGCGGAGUCGCCUGGCCCCAAGACUGCCUGGCACAGUGGAGAAACCACCUCGGAAACGGAGAAGCAGGGUCUGUCUUGGCACGAAGCUGGAGUCACGAGCCAGAGCCUGCUAUUGAACCCAGAGACAAGAGAUUGAGAGAGGGAGAUGGAAAGAGCUCCUAUCAACCAGUUGACUAUAAAUGUCUGCAAUGGCUUGGGCUGUGCCAGGCUGACACUGGAAAACCUGGAACUCAAUCUGGGUCUCAAACGUGGGUGGUAGAGACCCAGGUACUGGAGCCAUCACCUGCUGCCUCCCAAGGACUGAAUUUGCUCUCAAAGAAAUCAUGUCCUCUGGAGGUGCUGAAGAUGACAUCCCUCAGGGAGAGAGGAAAACAGUUACGGAUUUUUGUUACCUUCUGGAUAAAUCUAAGCAACUGUUCAAUGGCUUAAGAGAUUUGCCACAGUAUGGGCAGAAGCAGUGGCAGUCCUAUUUUGGAAGAACUUUUGAUGUUUACACCAAGCUGUGGAAGUUCCAGCAGCAGCAUCGACAAGUCUUGGAUAAUCGGUAUGGCUUGAAGCGGUGGCAAAUAGGGGAAAUUGCUUCCAAGAUUGGGCAGCUAUACUACCAUUAUUACUUACGCACGUCUGAGACCAGCUACCUGAACGAGGCUUUCUCCUUCUACUCUGCCAUCAGACAGAGAUCGUAUUAUUCUCAAGUCAACAAAGAAGACAGGCCUGAGCUGGUGGUCAAGAAGCUGCGGUACUAUGCGAGGUUUAUCGUGGUUUGUCUUCUUCUCAACAAGAUGGACGUCGUGAAGGAGCUAGUGAAGGAAUUGUCAGAUGAAAUUGAGGAUUAUACUCACCGCUUUAAUACUGAAGAUCAAGUGGAAUGGAACUUGGUGCUUCAAGAAGUGGCAGCUUUCAUUGAGGCAGACCCUGUAAUGGUACUUAACGAUGAUAAUACCAUUGUUAUCACAUCAAAUCGCCUGGCUGAAACGGGAGCGCCGUUGUUGGAGCAAGGCAUGAUUGUGGGACAGUUGUCUCUGGCUGAUGCUCUCAUUAUUGGUAAUUGUAAUAAUCAGGUGAAGUUCAGUGAACUGACUGUUGACAUGUUCCGGAUGCUGCAAGCCUUGGAGAGGGAGCCAAUGAAUUUAGCUUCCCAGAUGAAUAAACCAGGAAUGCAGGAAUCAGGUGACAAGCCUACCAGACGAGAAAAUCCUCACAAGUAUCUCCUUUACAAACCAACCUUCAGCCAGCUGUACACGUUCUUAGCAGCAUCUUUUAAGGAGCUGCCUGCCAACAGCGUGCUUCUGAUUUACCUGUCGGCCACUGGCGUUUUCCCCACAGGUCGUUCUGAUAGUGAAGGUCCUUACGAUUUUGGAGGUGUGCUUACUAACAGUAACCGCGAUAUUAUAAAUGGAGAUGCUAUCCACAAACGAAAUCAACCACACAAGGAGAUGCACUGCCUGCAUCCUGGAGAUCUGUAUCCGUUCACCAGGAAGCCUCUGUUCAUCAUUGUGGAUUCGUCCAAUAGCGUUGCCUACAAGAACUUCACAAACUUGUUUGGACAGCCCCUAGUGUGCUUGCUUUCUCCUACAGCAUAUCCAAAAGCUUUACAAGAUCAAUCUCAACGAGGUAGCCUCUUCACUCUCUUUUUGAACAAUCCUCUAAUGGCCUUCCUAUUUGUCUCUGGAUUGUCAAGCAUGCGUAGAGGCCUGUGGGAAAAGUGUCAAGAAUAUCUUCGAAAAAUCAACCGCGAUAUUGCACAGCUACUGACACAUUCACGUUCAAUAGAUCAGGCAUUCCUCCAGUUUUUUGGAGAUGAAUUUCUUCGCUUGCUUCUCACAAGAUUUAUCUUUUGUUCAGCUACCAUGCGGAUGCACAAGAUUUUUCGGGAGCGUGCUGUUCAGUCUCCAUGUAUUUGCAUGUGUUCUAGAGACUCUCAAGUUGUUGAUCUCCAGCUUCAUUCCAUUGUGGUCAGAGAAGAUUCAUGGAAACACGAAAUUAUCCCGAAUCAUAUCCACAGCUGCCAAGAGACGAAACAGUGGAGAAUCCUCACCUGCAGAAGCACAUUUUGGAAUUGGCAUCCAUCCUGGAUGUUCGAAACGUGUUCUUUGAGAAUACCAUAGAGGACUAUUAAACCCUCUUGUUGAAGCAGUUUCUCAUUUUCCACAGAUUUUAAAUGGUGCAGUUUUCUAAUGUGAUGACAGACACAUAGUGGUGUUACUUAGUUUUUAUUUUUUAAUUUAGGACCACCGUUUUAAAAAAGAAACUGAAAAGAAAAAUAUUCAAACUUUUAGGGUAACUGUUUUAAAAUGCAAUCUUUCAGAUCUUUUAAAAAAGUCAAUCUUGGAAUUUUUAUUUUUCAGUUUUGAGGUAUGAGUAUUUACCUCCAACAUCUAACCCUACACUCCAGUAGUCACUGUUCUCAUCAUGAGAAGAGUAAAUCAUUUAUUUUUGUAUAAUGAGGAAAAUCCAGCUCUUACACUUGGACCUUAAAUGUCUGAUUUUGGAAAAUACGAAAUUGUUCGUAGCGAUGAAACUAGCCAGCACGGACUACCGAAAAUCAAGAACAGAGUCCUUCCAUGGGUUUUCUUUUCAUUCCAAGUUAGUAGGUAGAAAAAUGUGUGAUUCUCAAAGCAUAAUCAAGACAGUUCUUCAAAUUAUUUAAUUCCUUUAAACACUGUCAAAUUUUCAGAAACUGUAUAGGAUUGAUUUGCAUCUGAAAACUAAAUCUUGAAUUGGAGACCUGAGAUGACAAAUAUUACUUGGAACAUGUGAGCACUGUGUUAUCAUGAACUUUGCAUAUUUUAUUUUCUUUGUAGUCUUUGCUGGAAAUGGAAAAAACACCAACUUUUAAAUAUUUCAGUCAAAACAUCAGGUUGUUGGUUGCCUAAUACAGUGUCUCCACUUUAAACUCUGAGUUUAUGAGAUCAGGUUUAAAACUGCAUUGAUGCCCGUGGCAAACAAUACAGUUUCUAAUUGUUUUUGCCUAAUUCAAAUGUACGAGACUUCACAGUCAGGUACAAACUUUAGUGGGGGUAGCUGUGUGUGACCCUAAACUGUAACUUGAUUUUGCAUUGACAAUUUGGAAAUAGGAUUUGUUCAAACUCCAUGUAUUUAGAAUUUCAUAUUCAUGCCCUUUUUUAAUUUAAAAAAUAUAUAAAGAUUUUUGCAUUUUUCUUCCCUGUCAUCCCCUUCAUAAUUUCACAGACAACAGCUAUGACAUUUCGGGAUUCUUCCCUAUUUUGAUUGCACAGCAUUCAAAUUGGGAAUUCUAUGUUUCAAAAGGCCUUCCUACCUAAUUUCUGCCUAGGCUCAUAUUCUACCUCUGGCAGUCCCAGGUGCAAUGAGGUGAUUGCUUUUGGUACCUCCUUCCUAUGUCCCUAGGGAAAUGUUCCUGUACUAUCUUUAACUGGGUUUUACUUCUGGCAUGGAGGAUAAUUUGAGUCUAAGUUAUUCCCAUACCUGCUCCAUUUUGCUGGUUUUUCCAUUGAGGCCUUGAGAAAAUUGUUCUUGGAUUUGGGGUCUUUGACGUGUUAUAUUUCCUUUUUAAAAAAUAUUUUUGUUGGUUCUUUCAAACAGUGUUUCAGAAAGCUUGAGCAGGGUUACCCUGGAAAGAGGUUUCCAUUGCUGGUGGGUUUUCCUUUUCAGAUAGAUUGCUUUCCUUUUUUCAGUACCAUAAUAACGCCUGUAGCUCUCCCUUUGUGACAGUGCUUACUGGACGCUAGUGAUAUACUAUCAUGAGUUUUCUGACCUCUGUUUGAAGUUCCCUGAGGUUCUAUGCUAGUUAAGCCAACAUAUAUAGUCCUGUUCUCUGAUGUUUACCACAGUAUUUAUUGUCCUGGUCUUUAUUCCCACCUGCUAAGCAUAAGGAACACUCGUCUGAGGACUGGGAGCUAUGUGUUGGAUUCCAGCUUUCCUUGUCAUAGCAUGGUGUCUGGUCACAGUUCUUCAUUUCUCUUCAGCACUCCCAGCUGUGAAUGAAGGGUUGGUCCAGGGUCCUCUCCAACUCAGUAAUUCUACAAUUUGAACUCUUGGUUCCAAAAAUACUGAAAUCCUCACUUCUGCAGUGAGGAAAACUGGAUUCCUUGUUUUUGGUAUACAUAACAUUUCCAUUUUCAUUUCUAGGUCAUAUUUACCUAGAUUUUGUUCAAGAAAAUAUCUGAGUCCCCCUUAGCUGUUUUAGAAACUAGUUCAGAGGGAGACUCCCUAGAGAAACUAGAGCUUUUAUUAUGAUUAGAAACACAUAUAUCUUAAAAAUCCAACAAGGAUUUGGAUUAUGACAUUGCUCUUCAGUUUAUGUAAAUGUGAUUUCUUACUGACAGUUAAAAACAUCUGAAGUAGACUGAAGUGAUCUUGAAAUCUUGAAUCCUCAAAGAGAGGAAAACUGUGCUAGAAAAUUCCUUUUUUUUUUUUUUUUUUUUUUUUUUGACAGGCAGAGUGGACAGUAGAGAGAGACAGAGAGAGAAAGGUCUUCCUUUUCCGUUGGUUCACCCGCCAAUGGCCGCUGCAGCCAGCGCGCUGCAGCUGGCGCACCGCGUUGAUCCAAAGCCAGGAGCCAGGUGCUUCUCCUGGUCUCCCAUGCGGGUGCAGGGCCCAAGCACUUGGGCCAUCCUCCACUCCACUGCUGAGCCACAGUAGAGAGCUGGACUGGAAGAGGAGCAACAGGGACAGAAUCCGGCACCCCUACCGGGACUAGAACCCGGUGUGUUGGUGCCGCAGGCGGAGGAUUAGCCCAGUGAGCCACGGCGCCAGCCCUAGAAAAUUAUAAACUAUUGCUUUGCUAAUGCCUUCAAAUGUAUAUUGAGCAACCACUUUACUCCAGAUUCCCUUUUGGACAAGUCUGUGUUAGAAGAUGGUUAGUAGGACAGAAGACAUUUGGAGCAUGCUAAGGGGUCUCUUUUGUUUUUUAGAGAACAACUCUUUAAAAGAGUGAUCCCGAUCAGCCUCGGUGGAACUGCACAUCUGCACACUUUGUGUUCCUUUGUCUUGUCUUUCUUUUUUCCUUUACUUUGAUCAUGAAGGUUUUAAACAUACAUAGAGUUUAAUGACCCCUUGUAGUAUCCUUUAUCCAGCUUCUACAUUUUAAGGUUUUAUAUUAAUCAAGGAAGAAAUGUAAAUAGACAGUCAUCCAAUGGGCUCAACAUGACAAUGGCAAAGAAUUUGUUGUUUUAAGGGCAUACGCCUCUCCUGUAUAUAUAUAUAAAAAUUUUAAGCCCUGUUUAAUUUUAUAAUUCACAAAAAUUUAAGUAUCGGAACUAAGAACAGAGCAAAGCAAUGGGAAAGAGUGCUGCUUUGUUUUCAGAUUGCUCAAGCUCUGCCUGGAGAUUCUGAUCUUGUCUCUGGUUUCCCUUAAGAAUAUAGAAUACAUGCACUUCCAAGAAGUCAGUUAUGUACAGAAGAAAAGGAAGCACAAUGUAAUUCUUCUUUAUCUUUGCAUUUCUGAAGUCAGUGAAGUGACUGUCCUUCCUGUUUACUGAGGAGAAACACAAUCCAAAAUGUCACUGUUACUCUGAUAGAGGUAGAUCUAAAACUCAAAUCUCAUCGCAGUCCAGUCUGCAAGUAGCUCAGACAGCUUGCUCCCUGCAACAAACGAGAAGGAACUAGAGAUUUAUAAGUUGGCAUAAAAAGCUGUGGUUUGGUUUGGGUUGCCACUCAGGCCUUGAAGGUUUUAAAUUAUAAAAAAUCCAGUUACUUUUGUCUUUGAGUGUGUAUACGUGUUUUCCUUCUAGAAAGUGGUGCUCUCAAAACUUCUCAAAGCACAGAAUUUAUCGUACCCUUUAUGUUUUUACCAAAUUGAAGUGUUUCGAGAUAACAGAAGCAGAAUAGAUGGUAAUUGUACGGAAUUUAGUUGAGACAAAAGGAAAAGUGACAAAUCCUAUUUAUAGAUCAGUUUUGGAGUUUCUCUAGCAUUCUUCAAGUUUAAUCUCUGACCUGUGAUUCAGUAACUUUGUAAAAAAGCAGUUUGGACCCAGUUGAAAAGUCUCAUGCUUAGUUAUCCACAGAGAGUUUUAAUCAGCCUGAUAUCCAGAACAUUCUUGACCGUAAGUGCAGUAAGGUGCCAAGGUAUGCAAACCUGGCCACUACCAAUGAUUCAGAACCACCUCCCCACCCUCUGAGAGAUGUGAUGCAGAUAGGAUAUGAAUGCUUUGAGCUUCUUAGUGAUAUUUUGGUUGUUCUGGUUCUUGUGUGUUUCGAGAGUACAAAGCGUAUUGACAUUGAGGACUCCUAUUGAGUUUAUUUAUUUGAAAUUCUUGUUUUAUUUGCAAUGGCAUGUGUAUAUUUUUGUGAUGCUAAAUGCAAUCUAUGUGUAUACUUUUUGUAUAUGUGUACAUAUUUGUAAAUAUCUUGGGAUGCAAUGAUGCAGUAUGUGUAUAUUAUAUACCCAUACCCAUUGUGGGCUGAAUUUAUUUAAGUUCUGUGAGGACAUCCUAGUGGCAUUGUUCAUGCUGCUGUAAUUAGGUUGUGGUUGUAUCUCAUUCGCAAGCUUCUAUUUUGAGGGGCUUGUGUUGGGAUAAAUGGGCUAAUUUGGAGUUGAAAUUAGGAUAUGAAGAUCUUAACAGAAAGCUGGACAUUCUUAGCUUUAAACCCUUCUGCAAAUUUAAACUGAUGAUAAAUUCAUGAUAUAAACAUGAAAUGCCUAAGUAUGUGAAACUGAGACACCAGCAGGUUCUUUAGGUGUGUUAGGUCUUUAUUUUCUUGACCCACAUUUGAGUACUGUUACUGAAUGGGAAAUUAUAUUGUUACUUAAUCAAGGGACUGUGGGAAAAAUCACUUGACUCACAUUUAAAAUAGGAAAUUGUCCUUUAAGGGGGCAAAAUAUAUUCCUAGUUAUCAUUUCAAUACCUGAUACUGAACUUUAAUUUUGGAACUUUUUUUUUUUUUUAUCACUGUGCCUCGUUGUGUACGUGUCUCUGUGAGGCAGUGAAAGGGGCAUGAGCUAAGGGAAGGCUGGUCCUCCGCGGGGUGGGGUUCAGCGAGGAGCGGGACGUUGUUGAUCCGUGUGUCUGCAGCAGCUGUGACGUAGUCCUGUCGGCAUUUCCAGCUACAGACUUUUCUUACUGGAACGGCAUGCCCCGGAUGAGCAUGCUCAUCUGACGUGCUCCUGGUGAACAGAUGCCUCCAGUUGUUUUGCUCUGUCUCUGUGAGACCACUUGUGUUCUACCAUUUUAUGAUAAAUUCACACAUAGAGUUCUCAAUAUUAGGAGUAUGGUAUGCUAUCAAAAUCCAGGCCUUCAGAUGUCUACCAAGGAUGAUAGGUUUGGGGAGGAUAUGUGCAGUGCCAACCUGUGAAUCUAUGGAAUACUGCAGAGUAUCAGUGUUCAUUUACUCCUGUCUUCAACUGACAUGUUUGCGUAAAGUGAGUGCUAAGAGAUGUAUUCGGGUGCAUAUUAAACACUCACUGGAGAAAUUAAAGUUAUUUUUUCAUGACAAAAUGCAACUUGCAAAGCAACUUUUUACCCUGUUCUUCAGAAAACUAAGUCUACUUGAUUCAACAUUUAAAAAUUAUCCUACAGAGGGAAAUUAGUUUAGGAGUUGGUUUUAACCACCCCAAAAUUUGCCUCUUCUUAGUCUAUUAUUGGCAGUUCAAUUAUGGUAUUAAAUUUAAAAUUAUAGCCUUUUUCUUGAGUAAAUAUUAAACUUUAGUAAUGUGUUAAUUCUGAGAAGUCAGUGAAAAUGUCCAUAGGGUCUGAUACUCUGUUGUUUUAUAACUUUUUUUUUUUUUUUUUCAAUGGGAGAGAACAGAUACGAGGCUACUUAAAAUUCAGGGAAUUGACUCACGCUCAGUGUGGGCACUAAUUUGAAAACAUCAGCAAUGAAAAAAAAAAAUGCCAAAAGACUAUUGUGAAUACAGCCUCUGAUUCUAACUGUGGGAAGUCAGUAACUGCAGCUGAGUAAGAAACGAAUUACUUAGAAAACCAGACCUUCCCCCCUUCCCCCCAUUCUCCCACACUGAUACUCUGUUCGUGUGGUACCUCUGAGAUACUGCGACCACUUACAUUAAAAAUGGUAAAAGCAGAUGAUCUUCCUCAAACUAGAGUUUCACAAUGUUCCACUCUCUUCCAGUUUCCAGUUUUUAACCACAAAGACUUACGUAAGCAUGCCUUGUAUUUAAGGACACAUAACUGAUGUGUGAAAGCCGUCAAUCAUCUGUUGACAGUAAAGGUGCCAGGACGAUGUAGGGGAAAAUGCGCUUAAUUAGGUAAAGAUAAAUGUGUUAAGUAUACUUUGUUGGUGCCAUAGAAAUAUUUUCUUUGGGAUCUUGUAAAUACAAAAUGUUUUCUUAAUCUAAAAUUGGUACUUUUCACUUACUAGUUUGGUGUAAUACAGACUUUUGAGAAGAAUUCCAUUUUUACAUAACAUUGUUACUUUAUCACUGAUGGAAGCACCAUUUCUUAAUUUAUAAUAUCUUUGUUAAUUUCUUUUGUGGUUUUUAAAUUUUUAGUUAUCAGACUGCUCUAAGCAUGGUGAUUUUUAACAAUAUUUGAACAGUAGAUUCAGAGUUUUUAAAUAGUUUGAAGUACAGUGUAUUAUAUACCACAGAUUCACUUACUUAUUAACCCUGAAUUUGAUCAUAGAACACACUAUAUAUUGGGAGUAUUCUUCCUGUAUUGGUAGAUACACCGUCUAUAUCCUAAGACAAUCAUCUUUUUAGCUAUAAUAUUAUUUACUGAUAAAUAAUUUCAGAUUUUUACUUUUCUCAUUGGCUUACAGAAUGACAGUUAAUAGACCAAGUUUGUAUCACUCUGCGUGAGGUAAGGAAUUAUGGCUAGCCUUCUUGUAGGUCUGCAGUGAACCAUAUUUAAAUUUUGAUGCUUUAUCACAGUAUAUUUUGAAGCUUUUAUUAUGAAUGUCCACCUCUCCAUGAAUGAACAUUGAUAUUUAUAAACAUUAAAAUUCAAAUCAUAAGUUUUCUCAAAUUUCAAAUCAGUAUGACUAGCCAUUUUAAAAUAUGGAAUGAUAUAUAAUCCCAAAGUACUUCCAAACCCUAGAGAAAAUAACUAUCAUUUUUUUUUUCAAAAUUUUAUUCCCACCCUCCUUUGUAUGCUACUAAUUUUUUUCUAAAUUAAAAGUAUGUAGUGUGAUAUAUUGAAAAUCUGCAGGAAAAAAAGGCUUAAAGUGCUGUG